AGGUGGAGCCUCCCCGGCCUGAAAGCGGUUACUGAGGAGAAGAUGGUGGAAUUUGGAACAGCAACGUGCUCGAUACUCCUUCCCAAACACUUUGAAAAAUAUUGUAUAUCUCAACCUGGCAUUAGGUAUCGGUUACCUGGAGACAAUCACAGAUAAUAUAUUCUGAAAUCUUGAAAAAGAAAACGACAUUCCACGACUCGUUAAGCCAACCCCACGACAUAGUUACGGUGGUGAAACGUGGUGCUAUUGAAAACAAGUGGGGGUUGAGUCUCGUUAGCUAGCUUGGCUAGCUAUUUGUUUUGGAAAAUUGGUGUCAUCCCACCACAGCCACAGUAAGAUCUCAUAUACAUUGUAUCCUCUUGGGCUGUAUUUAAAAUAUUGUGCCCUGCUAAAAUUUAAAAGUGAAGUGGUGAAGAAACCGUAUGACUGGCGACAUGCCAAGGAGUAAAAAAGGGAAACGUAGUUCAAACAAGGGCUCUCUCCGACAGGAGGUUCUACAGUUGCAGCUGUCGGCCAAGGGCCCCUUGUCUUUCAAAGGGGGGAGGAAUGGGGUGAAGGGGGAGUCUGGUGCCAGCGAUGACGACCUGGCGUCCGAUGUGCUCAGUCACUACAGCAGUGCCAGCGAAAGUGCCUCAGUGCUGGAGGAGGGCACAGGAGGAGGUGAGCCGGUUGAUGAUCAAACUGCCCAGGAGGAGACUGAGGACAAGCUGAAACAAUGCAUCGAUAACCUGAUGGACAAGAGUGCAAAGACGCGCCUGGCAGCCUUGGAGUCCCUGAGAGGGGCCUUCUCCUCUCGGCUGCUCUACGACUUCCUCAUGGAGAGACGCCUCACCAUAAGCGACUGCCUGGAGAGGAGCCUGCGCAAGGGAGGCGGAGAGGAGCAGGCUGCAGCCGCCACUGUCUGCGCCCAGCUGUGUGUUCAGUUAGGCGGUGGGGAUGAGGGCGAGGAGGGCUUCAAGAUCCUCCGGCCUGUCCUCAGCACCAUCAUGAUUGACAACGGUGCCAGCGUGGUGGCCCGCCAGAGCUGUGCCAGAGCUCUGGGUAUGUGCUGCUAUGUUUCUGCUGCGGAAGACGGAGAGGACUUGGUGAAAUCUAUGAGCCACCUGGAGAGCGUAUUCACUGCUUCGUACCCGAACCGCGAGGGCGCCCUGCCCAUCCCGAAGGCCGGUGCGUCUGGGCUCCACAGCGCCGCCCUCCACGCCUGGGCCCUCCUCGUCACCCUCUGCCCUGCCUCCCGCCUCACCAUGCUGCUGGACCUACAUCUACCCAAGCUACAGGCCUGCCUAGAGAGCAGUGACGUCAACUACAGAAUAGCCGUUGGGGAGACCAUUGCCUUGCUGGUGGAACUGGCCAGAGAUCUGGACAGAGAGUUUGAGUUGGAAGACAGCGACACACUAUGUGAGUGCCUUAAGGGUCUGGCCACAGACGGCAAUAAACACCGUGCCAAGAACGACCGUCGGAAACAGAGGUCCAUAUUCAGGGAGGUGCUACAUUACAUAGAGAACGAGGACUUCACAGAGGAGAAGAUCCGCUUUGGUGUGGAGGGCAUUUACAUCGACAGCUGGAUGCGCAGGAGGGUCUACGACGCCUUUAAAGAGGUGCUGGAGUCAGGAGUGAGACACCACCUUCAGUUUAACCCGCUGCUGAGGGACAUAUUUGGCCUGGGAGCCCCUCUGAUACUGGAUGCCUCGAUUAAAGCCAGCAAGAUAUCCCGUUUUGAAAAGCAUCUGUUCAACUCUGCAGCAUUCAAAGCCAGGACUAAAAUACGGAACAAAGUGAGGGACAAGAGGGCAGAUGUCAUGUGAGGAAUUAAGGAGGGGACUUGAAGGAGCGGCUGUGGCCCUGAAGAACGACCCCCUGGAAGGGAACUCCAUUGGGGUGCAUUCAUUGAGGCAAUAUGCAGAUCGCUGCAGAUGGGAAUUCAAUGAAUAGAGCUGACAUGAUUUCCAAUUCCAAAUGAUAAACACUGAGGGAGGUCUAUUUAUCUAGCCCAGGGUAAGCCAUCACGCCAUGGGGCGGAAGCAGGUUCAGGAGAGUUAGAGAUCAAGACAUGUCCCAGAUGCACAUCUCAAAAAGCUGCUCUGCUUUUUAUUAUUUUCUAUAAAACAACACAGUUUGAAUUUCCAAAAUAAUUUUCACUGAAUGCAUAUAGUGUUAUCAAAAGCAGUGUGAAAACAGUAUCCUAGUUAAUACUCCACGCGCUUCUUCACUUUUCACCUUUGAUUUCAGUUAUAACUGCCGUGGGCCAGAAUACAACGCCUGUUAGGUAACCCGAUUCCAAACCCAAUGUGAUCAACUUUCAACCAAUACAAAAUAUACGUACAGGGGACACUUCGGCAAGAUAAAAUAACUAUCUCAAAGCUAUCUGUUCUACAUAGUAUAUAUCUAUAGGAACAUUCUGGAACAUGGCACCCUCCUCUGAAGGCCUCUAUCCCAGACUGCCAUCCUGCUUCCCACUCCUCAUCUCACAGGACCCAGUGGCUGCUGCCAAAACACGAACUUUGCAGACAAUGCAAAUGUUUUUUUUUUUAUUACUUACCACAACUAAACUAUAACACCUAGGGGAUUCCUGAAAUAACUAAAUGGUGGUUUAUAGUAUUUUUAAUAAUAUUUUGGAAGAUUUAUCUAAUUCAUUUAUGGUAAUGUGUUUUACUUUCUAAUUUAUUGAAAGUGGGAGAACAGUACACGAUUUAAAAAAAGUUCUGUUUACAGAUAUGGAAUGAACAUAAAGACUAAAUAUGAUUGAUAGUUUUUCAUGUAUAUUUUUAUGCAGGUUGGUUGUGGAUAUAAUCAACACGUACUGUAUAUGCAUAUAAAUAUGUAUGCAUUCUAGGAGUGCACUCGAACAAUGGACAAAACAUCAGUUAUGUGGCACUUAUUUUCCAAGAUUGCCAUUUAUUUUAAGCAGUGCUAUGUACCCAAAGUAUAAAGCAAAUGAAUUGAUAAUGGAUAAAUUAAAUGUAAUAAACACUCACAAUAAGGCUG